CAAGUGGAACACGAGACGACAAAGUCCCGUACAUGGCAGGCUUCACCCACAGCAGUGUUGAACUGCCACACGUUUGGCGUCCCAUCAGGUUUCAACGGUUCCUCACCCCACGCUCCCGAAGGAUCACAUUCAAGUAACUUCAUGGAACACUGCAGGAAUGGUGAACUAACAGACCACACCUCUGGGCAUUUUGAUGACAGUCAGCAGAGUGAACAGAAGGCGGAUCCGCAAAUUCACUCAGUACACACACAUGGAUCGUUUGGACGGGGGACAUCGAAGCUUCGGUGCACAAGAGACGAGAGUGCGGCGUCAAAACGCAGACGACAC